GUCAUGACGGUGCAUCCGCGCGUGUCCCAUGCACCCGAGCGCUGCCGCCCCCCUCCACCCUGGCGCUUUCGCUCCAGCUGAUCUCUCCUCCCCGCCUCCUCCCUUCCCUCGAUUACAGCUCAGCCAUCGUCAGCACGGCCUCAUACUGCCAGCGCCGCCGUCCUCUACUCGGACGGCAUCCCACCAGGGCUAGAACAAAAGGUGGUCUCCGUAAUCCGUGCACCUGCCGCGUUUGUGCUCCUUCCCCGGUAAAGGGACCGGGGGGCUGGGGGGAAUGAGAAGCCCCCACUCCCCGUGCCAGACCGUUUAUCCAUAAGGAUCAUCGUCCAGGAUGCUUCUGCUUCCGAGAUCCAGCGAAGGGCGAGCCGGGGCCUCGCUGCUGGCCGGGCUUCUCUGCGCGGUUCUUGCCGUAUCCAGCGCCAUAGCGCGAGGGAAGCGAUGCCCCGAGCCGCUGGACUGCGCCAUCCAGAAACGCCAAUUCUGCCCGCUAGGCGGGUCCCACUGCGGCCCCUGCCUCACCCCAUUGGUGGAGAACAGUAAAGGCAUCUGCAUCAACUGGAAAAAUCACGCCCGCUCUGACAUUCGCCUGGCUGCCGAGCCCGAGCUGGAUGACGAGAUCGAUGCCCUGUCCUCCAUUCUUUCCAAGGAGCAGCAGUUGGACAAACUGGAUACCGAAGUGAAUUCAAGCAAGUCUCCAUUACAUGCGAAAACUACCACCCCGAAUUCAAGCAUGAGGCCCAGUACCCACUCCGCCCCGGCCCCCCACCCUCUGACGAGGGCCGGCGUUCCCCUGGUUGCUCCUUACCCCUCACGGGACACACUGCUUAUCAUCAUGAUCUCCGUCUGCAUCAUCUUUGGAACCGUGGCCUUGAUCCUCGCGGCCGUCUGUUUGGUCCGUCUACAGAGGGGCAUGCGACUGGCCCAGAAAGUGGACUACCCAGCAUACGGCAUGAUGGGGCCCAACCACUCCGAUGGAACCUUGCCUGGGGAUAAGAACCUGGCUCAGAGCGCCCAGAUGUACCACUAUCAGCAUCAGAAGCAGCAGAUGCUGUCGAUGGACAAGCAUAAAGAUGAGACCAAGAUCCCAGACUCGGGGGCCACGUCUGAUGAGGAAAAUGAAGACGGUGAUUUCACAGUGUACGAGUGUCCCGGAUUAGCUCCCACUGGGGAGAUGGAGGUGAAGAAUCCUCUGUUUGACGACUGCAGUAUGAAUCCCCAGCGGAGACACAAGUAAACCUGUAAACCACACAUACACACACACACACACACUUUCCUACUCCUGUGAUGCCUACCAAAUACCCCGUCAUGCCAGCCUAUGAAAAUGAACAGACGAAUGCCAACAAAAGAUGCGUAAACGAGGAGGAGCAAGCAGAAGACAUGAAGGAGACAGUCAUGCUGCCCUCUGUGGCCAGUCUGUGGAACUGCCGCACAAAUCAAGCAGCUGAUUGGACAAUCUUUUCUCUGACCCUGGUCAUUGAGAGGCAUCUGAUGUGUCAUCAACACAGUCCUUAGUUGCGUGUUUUAUUUCUGUCCAUCUGCUGAUUAAUUUCCGGUUUUGUACAUGAUAUUACCUCUCUUAGGCUUCAUUAGAAUCCUGAUUUGUUACUUUUCUUGUAUUUAAACAGCUAGUUAGCUGAUGUUGGUUUCCAUCUCUCCUUGCUCUUAGCCUGUAAAAGCUGCAUUAUCUUAAUAUGUAUAUCAGCCGCACCGUCGCCGCCCCGCCCAGCAGAAACCUGCUCCGUGUCCCCCACCCUCACACGUUAAUUGCUAAAUGUGGGUUUCAUGUAUUACCACCCCCCCCCCCCCAUGAGAGACCAUACCACCAUACCAGAAACUGGUCAAUCAGGGGAAACCUGGCUGUGGAAUGUUCGACCUCCCUCCGCCCUCCCCCCCCCCCCUCAGUGAAAUGCAGAUAUGACCAGCACUCAAAGGUGACCCCCCCCCGCCUUUUGUUUCUUCCUUUUAUUUAUGCUCCUGACCUGGUAUAGGUUCUAUUUAAAAGGUUUUUUUCUGACAAUAAGGACAUUGGCCUUUAAAUCGUCAUAGCUGAUCCGUAUCUUUAUUAAUCUGUAAAACUCAGAUAUUUAAGCUGCUUACCUGGACCUGAUCUAUAGAGAUCAGGGACACACUUUUCCCCCAACAUGCUGAAAGUACAAUGGGAAAAUACACUAAAGUAAAUAAAUAUGUUUUGCUGCAAA